AUGAAAGAUGUGCCAGGUAUGUGUUUAGAUUUGUCACACAGCAAUCCCAUUUUUUUGUACUGGUAUGUCACAAAAGUUGUAACUGCUUUGACUCAUUAUUGAUUACAUAUAACUAACUAGUUAUUGAUGUGGUCACUGAAUGGUCUAUUUUCUGUCUAGACGCAGAGCCCCUGCCACAUAUACCUGUGGUGGAGAUAUUUUCAGACGACGAGGAAGAGGAUCGGGUACCACAGUUCCCCCACAAGUGAGUCACACAGAGACCUCCCUCCCCCACCCCCUCCCUCCUUGCCUUCCUUCUCUACCUCACUGAACAGACAUUUACAUUUACAUUUACGUCAUUUAGCAGACGCUCUUAUCCAGAGCGACUUACAAACACAUCUCCACAGCCAAAUUCACCUUUACUCGCUGACAAAGCUUGUCUUAAUCCUAAUCCUCUACCACCCCCCCCCCCCCCACCCCCCUCUCUCUCUCUCCCUCUCUACUGUCUUCUCCCCCCCCCCUCUUUCUUCCUCUUUAUCUAUUUUCUCCCCAUCUGUCUUGUGUUGCAGAGUGGUUAACUGGAUUAAGAACGCUAUUCCUCAGCCUGUGAUGCUCCCUGCAGGUUACGUAGAGGCCCAGUGUAAGGCCCAACAGGCCCAAAGCAAGAGGUCAUCUCUUGACAAAGGUACAGUCCGAGUUUAAACGUUUGAGGCCGGUUACCUGGACAUACAGUGAGGGAAAAAAGUAUUUUAUGUUUUUUGUAUGUUUGCCCACUGACAAAGAAAUGAUCAGUCUAUAAUUUUAAUGGUAGGUUUAUUUGAACAGUGAGAGACAGAAUAACAACAACAAUAUUGAGUUGCACCCCCUUUUACCCUCAGAACAGCCUCAAUUCAUCGGGGCAUGGACUCUACAAGGUGUCGAAAGCGUUCCACAGGGAUGCUGGCCCAUGUUGACUCCAAUGCUUCCCACAGUUGAGUCAAGUUGGCUGGAUGUCCUUUGGUUGGUGGACCAUUCUUGAUAAACAACGGAAACCCAGUGUUGCAGUUCAUGACACACUCAAACCGGUGCUCCUGGCACCUACUACCAUCCCCCGCUCAUUCAAAGGCACUUAAAUAUUUUGUCUUGCCCAAUCACCCUCUGAAUGGCACACGUGCACAAUCCAUGUCUCAAGGCUUAAAAAUCCUUCUUUAACCUGUCUCCUCCCCUUCAUCUACACUGAUUGAAGUGGAUUUAACAAGUGACAUCAAUAAGGGAUCAUAGCUUACAGUCUAUGUCAUGGAACGAGCAGGUGUUCCUAAUGUUUCGUACACUCAGUGUAGAUUAAGCCUAGUCCUGAACUAAGAAGCAUACUCUAUGGAGGAUCUCAAUUGAAAUAACUUUCUAGUCCCGGACUAGGCUUAAUCUGUGUCCAGGAAACUGGCCCUUAUAACCUAAAUAUACUAGCUGUACAUCUAUGCUACUGUUGUACACCUGUCUUCUCCUUUCCUCUCAGUUUUGUCGCCACCUCCUGAGUCUCUCAAAGGUGACGAGGACUCACAAAACUCGAAGUAAGUUUCACCUGAGGGCGCUAUGCUACUCCUGUCACAAUACAGGCUCAGAUGUCUGUUUGUAUGUUUCUGUGUUCCUUUUGGCCCGUUAGUAAGGUGUUUCUCUAUGUGUCCCACAGUGUCGUGGGCUGGUUUGUGAUGGGCCUCGGCCUCAAGAUGCCACAGCAUGUUGCGAGAUCAAGAGAUGAUGUUGAAGUUCUGCAGAAUGGUAAGUGGUUUUUUAAUGUUUUCAGUUUUUUUACCGAUGUCUCAGUUCAAAUUCAAAUCAGAUCUUAAAUCACACAAUAGACUCACUACAGAAUUGAUUCAAUAUAAAAUAUCACGUUGUGAAUGACAGUAAGACCCAUCAACAAUUUUCACAAAUUGAGGGUAAUUUCGAUGUUAGACCAUGCAGUAAGUGUGAGCUUGGGACCUUCUAUUUAAUUUAUUAAAUUAAAUGUUUUACUAUUUCUUCUAUAUUCCAUAAAUUGUUCAGGAACAGAAGUGACUGUAACCCUCUCCUUCUGUUGGUCUGUUUUAGACAGACCCUAACUCAGUCCAUCUUCUCCUUCUGUUUCAGAGGGGGGGAGUGCUGAGAGCCCCUUAAACAAAAGGAGAAAGAAGAUUGAGGAACAGUGAGAGAGACUGAGAGAGACUGAGCACAGAGAGAUAGAGACAGGGGUAGACAGACAGACUUACCGACAUAGAUGAUAGUGGACAUUUAUACAGCUCAACUGAGCAACCCGGCAGCUGUGAGACAUUGCGUCAAAAAGAUGUUUAACUCCCCUUACUCUUUAUGGAAUUCAGAUAUUUUUGUUUGAUUUUAAUUGUAUAUAGUCAGUGUAAAUCAGUUCAUUAAAAUUACCCGUUUGUCAGUUGAUGUCAGUUAUUCAACUCUUGUCGAUAUGUAACAAGAAAUGGGUCUUGUCUUCAUUGAAGUAAUCUUUGCAAUAAUUUGAAUGCAUUAAGAGAUUAUAUUAGAAAAUACAUACAGACACAUAGAGCUAUCAGCCAACACUGAUCCUCAUAGUUUUUGUGCAUGAAAGAUACCAUAUUAAACUACCAUCUUGUAUUGUAUGCUUGUGGCAUAGAUGCACAUAAAAAAAUUAAGCCAUGAGAAAUUGUCUUAUGGUCACGUUUUGCCCUUCUAUUCUCAUCGCCUUGAACUAUGUGGCCAAAGGUUGCAAUGUUAUUUAUUUUGAUUUGAUUGAAUUUACUAGAGUGAAAUCCACAAAAAAGGAUUUGACAAACACAGUCAAGGCAAUCAAGUUAUUAUAAAUAAGAUUAUAAACUAUGACAUAAUGCCUGAACAGUAUGGCUGACAGUAUAAUAACAUGUGAAAUAUUAUACAAAUAAUAAAGAUGUCAUAUGAAAUAUUAUGUGUCAUGUUAAAAGAUUGAUGAUAUGAAAUUCAUACAAAACAUUUAGCACUGUAUUCCUUUGAGUAUAUUGCUUUUAAAUGGAAAAUAAAAUAAGUGGAUAUCAUAUUUUAAUUGUGGAUUUCAAAUAUUUUCCUCAAUUCAAAUGCUACACCUCCAAUACGAUUGAUUGUUUACAUUAACAUGUUGACUCUGGGUGUCAUGUCAGUUGUAAGAGUCCAGACAAAGACAGUGAUCUACUGUGUGGCUGCUUGUCCCACAGUCUCUAAACAACCCAAAGCAGUGGACCUGGUUCUGGAGGAAGUAGUAGAAGCAGACUUGAAGGAUCUGAAUCAGGAGGUGCCAUCCAAGGCUGUGCAGUCAGAACCACCACAGCCUUUUAAGCCCACGCAGACGACACAGCCAACACAGACGACUCAGUCACAGCCGGCACAGCCAAAACAACCAGUGAAACCAGAAGAGCCUGAACAGACUCUUCCAAAUGUGCCAGAGUCUACAACAGCGUCGCUGGAGGAUGCUGAGACUCAGACGGGCAGGUGGACACCAUUCAUAGAGAGCAUCAAGAGAGAGGCUGAGGGCAUAGUUAUGGCUAACAUGGAGGAACGGUAAGGAAGGAGUCAGACAAGAUCAAAUAUCAAAGUAAUUUAUGUAGAAUAUCACAGCAGCCUACACACAGUCACUAAUUCACACAUUCAGUCUGGUUAUGGUGAUCCAACUAAAGUUGCAUAUCUUGUCAUAGGGUUAACCAGAUUAUUAUUAUUUUGUCUGAUGGAGUAAUAAAGUUAGCUAAAUAAGGUUAGCUAAAUAAAGUUAACUUGGGUGCUACACAUGACAUACUAGUAAUAUCCCAGCAAUGUGCACAUCUCUGCAGGAUGACCCAGGAGCGCGUGGAUUUGGUGCGAAUGGCGGAGGAGGUGGCCAGACACACAGCUGAGAUGACCAUCAGGCAGAUGCAAGAGGCCCAAUCAAUCAAGCUUUCCAUUCACAGCCAGGAAGCCAUUCUGGAGGAAGAUGAGGACCCAGAGUAAGUUGUCACUCUGGCCUCAACCUCCUCAGAGUCCCCUGCCUACUCCAGAGUGAAUGCGUAGGCUAGCUCCAACCACCUGCUGCCCUAGACUUAUAGCAGUAUAAAUGUAGCAUUUAUUGGGGUCAUGGUUUGAGACAACUGGCCAUAGACAUGUGAAGUCCCUAUAUGCCUGUACACGUGUGGGAGGGGAGGUAGGACUGUGUUUGUCUUAUCUGUGUCCCUGUCAUGCCCUGAACAGGUUGCACAUGCUACGGGAGGAGGAGAGUGAGGUGGAGCACACUAAGAAUAAGAUGACAGAGUAAGAUAUACCCACUCAUACACUCUUAGAAAAAAAAGAGAACCUCAAAGGGUUCCAAAAGGGUUAUUUGGCUGUCCUCAUAGGAGAACCCUUUGAAAAACCCUUUUCACAUAGGGUUCUACAUGGGACCCAAAAGGGUUCUACCUGGAACCAGAAAGGGUUCUCAUAUGGGGACAGCCGAAGAACCCUUUUGGAACCCUUUUUUCUAAGCCUGUAGAAUAAGAUGGUGUAAGAAUAACCGAAACAAAGAGAGGGGAAUAUGCCCAUAAAAGGUCUACCUUCGUGAAAUUCACUAGCUGCCUCAAUGCUUCUCAGAGUGAAAAACAACAACAGUAGGCUGUGUGUUUGUGUAACAGUACUCUUCUUGCGUUGUGUACAAUCAAUCAUCAACACGAACUCCAUCUAGUAACACCAGUCAUGGAGCUUUAUUCUGAUAGGAACAGCACAAAAUUGCACGUCAUGCAAUGCACGGCUCACCAUCCAACUCUGCACUCAUGCACUGUAGAAAAUAUACAAAUCCCCCACCAGACACAGUAAGUUGCUAGCUAGUAUUAGCUGGAAUUCUCUACAACAAAUAUUCACCAAAAAACACUGCAUCUUAUGUGUGAUGUUCGAAUAACAUUUACAAACAAAUUGAUAUAAAUUAUACAUUUACAUCAUCACUUGGGAGUAUAAAAAUCACUUUUGACGUACAGUACUUUGCAACCAACAACUUACCGCUGGUUUGGUGCUUGUUCACUGGGAUGAUUCUAACAUCUUCCCUCGUAAGCAAGCUACGCCAACCAGCCAAUAAGAUGCCAUGUUGAGUAGGCGAAUGCAUGACAAAACCAAAAACCCAUUGGCUUAACAAUAAAGUGGCAAGGGGAAUCACCAAUAUAACCCUGUUACAUUUGCACUGUCAUUUGAUAACUUGUUACACCAAUGUAAAGUAUUUUCCUCUGCAGGACCUGAUAAACAUUUACAUUUACGUCAUUUAGCAGACGCUCUUAUCCAGAGCGACUUACAAAUAGGUGCAUUCACAGCUUCAAAUAACCAAUUCAUCAUCAAGCUUUGAUGAUUUGAAUCAGCUGUGUAGUGCUAGGGCAAAAACCAAAACGUGCACCCGGGGGGGCACAUGACCCAGUUAGGGAAACCGUUCCAUAAACCACUGCAAACUAGCCUAUAGUCAACAAUUGGUGUAAUCCAGGGGUGUCAAACGUCCGGCCCGCGGGCCGGAUCAGGCCCGCAAACGGGUUUAAUCCGGCCCGCGAGAUGAUAAAAAAUAAAAUAAUAAAUAGCAAUUGUGUUAAGCAAACUGUUUAUACCGGGGCAGAGCAAGUAGGUCAAGCACCUGCAGCCAAUGAGCUACUUUGUUUUGCCCGCGAUAUUUAUUACGGCUUCUACUUUUAACCUUAUGUGCUUUGGCACCCUCAUUGCCCCAAUAUGUCUCUGUCAAAAAAGAGAAAAGUGGACGCAGAGUGUUCCAAGAAAAAUGGUAAUCCUAUUUAUUCACGGAAUUGAAUGGGAAAGCUGUAUGUUUGGUGUGUUCAGAGCAUGUUGCAGUGCUGAAAGAAUAUAACCUUCGUCGCCACUAUGUGAGUCUUCAUGCCGACAAAUAUGACAACAUUCAAGGACAGCGGAGAUGAGAGAAGGUGAAUGAACUGUUGGCGGGUCUGAAGAAAUAGCAGCCUGUGUUUACUCACAGCCGAGACAUCAGUGACGCUGCAGUGAAAGCUAGCUACCUCAUUGCUAAUGAAAUCGCAGUGGCUUCAAAACCAUUUAGUGAGGGUGAAUUUGUAAAAACAUGCAUGAUGAAGGCAGCGGAGAUUGUGUGCCCUGAAAAGCGGCAGGCUUUUGCAAAUAUCAGCCUGACAAGAAACACAGUUGCAGACAGGAUUUCCGAUCUUUCAGUGGAUUUGGACAGCCAGUUGAAGCAAAAAGUAAAGUCAUUUAUUGCGUUUUUCGGUUGCAAUUGAUGAAAGCACGGACAUUACAGAUGUUGCACAACUGGCCAUUUUCAUCCGCGGAGUUGAUGACACAUUGACCGUCACCGAGGAGUUCGUGGAGUUGGUGCCGAUGACAGAUACAACGACAGCAGCUGAUAUUUUUACCGCACUCGUCGGCGCGCUGGACAGGGUCGGAGUGGACUGGUCCCGCGCUGUCAGCCUGGCUACAGAUGGUGCGCCCUCAAUGAUCGGGAAAAAAAGCAGGCGUUGUGACAAAGUUCAGAGAGAAAGUGCAAUCUGCAAAUGGAGGACGUGAUUUUUUGACUUUUCACUGUAUUUUGCACCAGGAGGCUUUGUGUUGCAAGUCAUUAAAGAUGGAUAACGUCAUGAAGGUGGUCAUCCAAACUGUUAAUUUCAUCCGAUCCAGAAGCCUGAAUCACCGUCAGUUUGACAGCCUUCUCAGAGAGAAAGACCACAUCUAUGGCCUGCCAUACCACACUGAGGUAAGAUGGUUAAGCCGAGGUGCUGUGCUGAGGCGUUUCUUUGAUUUACGAGAAGAAAUUGAACAGUUCAUGGAAGAAAAGGGCAAACCAGUGUUAGAAUUUCAUUCCGCAGAAUGGAUGCAGGACCUUGCAUUUAUGGUGGAUGUUACAGAGCACCUGAAUAACUUGAACAAACAGCUGCAAGGGCGCAACAAAGUUGUCACGCAGUAUUAUGACAGCAUACGUUCUUUCAAGUUGAAGCUGUCAUUGUGGGAGACGCAACUUGCCGGUGGUGAUGCAGCUCACUUCCCCUGUCUGAAAAAUGUGUGCGCGACCCAACAUGUGGCAGACAUGAAGCGGUUCAAAGAUAAAAUAACGGGACUGUUACGGGAGUUUGAGCAACGCUUUCAGAUUUAUGUUUAUAUGUUUUUAUGUUGAUGUGCUAUUGUUUUUAAUUGAUUUUAUUUUAUUUGUAUAUUUAACCUAUUCUUGACUCUGUGGUUCUUGCACUUGUUUGGGGAACAGGAUUUCAUUAUUUUUAUCUACAUUUCUGCCUGAGAAAUGACACCCUGAUAUAGUUCUGUGAUCUGUGAUAUACUUCUGUUAAUCACUGAGGCAUUGUGUGUUUGUGUGUUCUUUUUCCUCAGAAUUUUCAAAUAAACUUGAGGUGUUUUAUGAUUAAUAGUGAUGUUGUGCUGUAUUUGGAACACUGUCCUCAGGCUCCAGCUUUAUGUUUUAUAUGUUUUAUAAAGAUGCUAUAUUUUGAAUUGUUUUUUUUAUUGUAUAUUUAACCAUGAUCUUGACUCUGGGUUCCGUGCCACUUGUUGGGAACGGAUUUCAGAUUUUCCUACCAUUUGGCCCUGAGAAGACACCCUGAUAGUUGUGCAUCUGUGAUCAACAUUGUUAACACUGAAGCAUUUGUUUGUCUUUCUUAGAAUUUCAAAUAAACUUACGUGUUUUCAUGACAUAGUGAGGUUGGCAUUGAUACUAUUGGAACACACUGUCCUCAGGCCCCUUAUGGUAUGCUUGAUCAAUAAACAAGACAACCAUCUGAAGUUGUUUUCUUUAAGGUUAUAAUUCCAGUUUUGGGCUCGGCCCACUUGGGAAUAGAUUUUCCUCCAUGUGGCCCCUGAGCUAAAAUGAGUUUGACACCCCUGGUGUAAUCACAUUCACAUCAAGCAUCUCUUUCCAAAUCUCUCACGAAUGCUCAAUACUGUUUCCAGCCCCUUAGCGUCAUUUGAUCCUCAUAGAAACAACAUCGCUUCCCUUGGCAACAUGGCCCCCUCUCGACGGUUGCCUUAGUAACUGAGCGCACCUCCUAUUUUUCUGCUUCGACGCGAGUAAAGGAUGUCGCAGGUUUGGGCUCGAGCGAAUCGAUUGAGGGAGACGAUUCUCUCUCUAUUUCAAAACUUUUAAACCCAGCAGAACAUUUGCAGACUUGACAACAUAUUCGUUCAUGCCGCAAAGAUGCGUCUUAGGAUGGAAACUAUGACCUAAUGCACUAGAAAUAUCUUGAGUGUCCAAGUGAGUACUGUAAUUAGCCUCUCAAGCCUGCCAUGUCCAUAUUAUGCAAAUUGUUUUUGACACAGCGUAGGCUUGUCAGAUGGAACACUUAUGUACCUGUUGCUAACCGUUUACUGGCAACAAACUAAAUGUCUGAAAACAUUUUGUUUAUUCCAAACUGUACACUUAUUUAUUCUAGUGAAUUAUCUUGAUUGGCUACUGAACUGGUUGCUAGGUUGAUUACAUAAUGCAGGGUAUUAGUAGGCUAGCAUUAGCAAGUGAGCUGUUUUGUUGUUGAGCGACCUAUGCAAUAUGGUGUCAGGUGGUUAUAGGGGGGAGGCAUUAUGAUCAUCUGGGAGAAACAUUCUGUUGUGUUCGUUCUUAUGUCAUCAUAUCACUGUGUGCAUAUUUCUCUGAUGUAGCCCUAACUGCCCCUGUACUGUAGGUGCCAGGUGUGUCCUGCUAAGGAGGAGCCAGUGGAGGCUGCAAAGAGUGCCCCUCAGUCAGAGCGCGACUUUGCUUCACCCGACGAUGAACCAGAGCCCCAGGAGGAGCUAGAGUCCAAGAGCGCCUCUCCAUCUCCUCCUCCCAGCCCAGAACCAGAUCCAGUCAAGACAGCAGAGCCUGAACCUAAACUAAAGGCCCAGGACGCCAAAGUAGCACCUGAACCGGUGACCCAACAACCACAGAAAGCAAAGGGGGCAGAGGACGGAACCAAACCUGACACCACUACCAAGGUAAUGUCACAGCCAUGGUUUCUCCUGAGGCCUGUACAGCUGUGGUACCUGUCAGCAAAUGCUAUUCCCUGCUGCUGUUCAGUCACUCAUGGCUGUUCUGUUCCUCUUUGCUUCUUACUGUCUCUGCAGGAGGAGGGGGAGACUGCAGAGGAGGGUGGCUGUGGUGGUAAGUAUUUGUUCAUUAUAAUACGGUUGUGUUUAUGUUUGUAAGGGAAUAUUGUAAUCACAUUUGAAUGCGUUUCUUGGUUUGAAAGUUGCAAGUCCCGUGAUGGACCUGACCAAUCCUUUAUCUGCGGAGAAUGCAUUGACCACCACAUGUGUGGUUGCAUGCAUGCAUGCAUUCAUGAUCUCUCACAGUGUAGGGAUUAAUAUUUUCCAGAAACCAAGUUUCAAUACCGGGAAUAAUUAAUUUUAUUCCAGAGCGCCCGGGAAAUAGCGCAAAAAUCAGAAGUGCCCAUUUAAAGUGUUUAAAACCAAGAUAUGGUUACUAUGCCAGGGUUCUCCCCAAAUAAGAGGGGCGCUGUGCCGCUAUGUAAAGAUUUCAGAGCAAAUUAAACUGAUAUUUAGUAAUGAUAGAGUAACUAUCUUUGAUCGCCAAUGACAUUGUUGAGAAUUGCGAAACAAGCCAUUCAUAAAUUCAGAGCGUUAUUAUGUUCCUCAAUUAAUUCGGCACAUUUCAGCAGUAGGCUAUCUCAACACAGAGUGUGCUCAGACAUUUAACAUUUAAGUCAUUUAGCAGACGCUCUUAUCCAGAGUGACUUACAGUUAGUGCAACAUUAUCACUCACCACCUUCCGGAGACAUUUGAAACCCCACCUCUUUAAGGAAUACCUGGGAUAGGAUUAAGUAAUCCUUCUACCCCCCCCUUACCCCAACCCCCCCCCCCCCCCCCCCCCCCCCCAGAAAAAAACAAAAAAACAUUGUAAAGUGGUUAUCCCACUGGCUAUAAGGUGAAUGCACCAAUUUGUAAGUCGCUCUGGAUAAGAGAGUCUGCUAAAUGACGUAAAUGUAAAUAAUAAUUUUUCAUGCUGGCCCCCCAUGGGAAACGAACCCACAACCCUUGCAUUGCAAACGCCAUGCUCUACCAACUGAGCUACAUUCCUGCCGGCCAUUCCCUCCCCUACCCUUGACGACACUGGGCCAAUUGUGCGCCGCCCCAUGGGUCUCCUGGUCGCGGCCGGCUACGACAGAGCCUGGAUUCGAACCAGGAUCUCUAGUGGCACAGCUAGCACUGCGAUGCAGUGCCUUAGACCACUGCGCCACUCGGGAGACAUAGAGCGCAAACCGAGUAUAGUGUUGUCAAACUCAAAUCAUGUAACGGCAAUGAAACAAAAGUCAAAUGACCAAAGUUGCUAAGCUUGCUAGAUAACCUCCUUCAAUGAAUGACAUAUCUUAUAUUUGGCAAAAUCGAGUUGAUGAUUAUACAGAUAGCAGAUCAGCUCAUGAAUAAUGGCGAGAUGAAGAGUGGAAACAGUUUAAAUAUCAACGUAUCUUAACGGGGACCAACUCUGUUUUAAAAUAUCUCAUACCGUUUGUUGAUCACACAUUCUCUACCGAAGCUCUCAUAUGGGCAGCAGUACGAGACCGCGCAGAGAAGAGGGGGAAUGUCAAAACAUAUAGACUCAAUGGUUGCUAAAAUGGGAAGAAGUCUGUCCAUGAUAGGGCGUUGGUCUGUCUUCUUGACAUCUCAGUCGACCAGACAGGUCCUAAAGGCCCUAGUUUGGUCGCACCUGGACUACUGCCCAGCUGUGUGGUCAUGUGUUGCAAAGAAGGACAUAGUUAAAUUGCAGUUGUUCCAGAACAAAGCAGCACGUAUCGCACUUAGAUGUACAUGGAGGGAAAGUGUCUGUAACUUUUAUGUCAGUAUCUCCUGGCUCAAUGUUGAGGAGAGAUUGACUGCAACACUAUUGGUCUUUGUGCGAGGUAUUGAAGGUACCGAACUUUCUGUUCAAGCAGUUGGCACACAGUUCGGACACAAGACAUGCAACCAGAGGUCUCUUCACAGUCCCCAGGUCCAGAACAGAGGCUGGGAAACACACAAUAUUAAAUAGACACAUGACUACAUGGAACUCUCUGCCACCCCAGGAAACUCAAGCUAGCAAUAAAACCAGAUUAAAAACCAGAUAAAAGAACACCUUACUGCACAAAGGGGACUGUGAAGAGACACAGCCAUUUUAUAUAUAUUGUAUUGUAAUUUGCACUGUACUAUGUAUCAGACCUAGAUAUUUUGUGUAUGUACUGAUAUGUAUAUUUAUUUCGACGCAAAACUCACCAUUGGCGUGUGUGUCAAAGAGCUCUAUUAUCAAAUCAAGUUGUAUUGGUCACAUACACAUUUAGCAGAUGUUAUUGCGGGUUUAGCGAAAUGCUUGUGUUCCUAGCUCCAACAGUGCAGUAGUAUCUACAAUUCACAACAAUACAAAAAUCUAAAAGUAAAAUAAUGGAAUUAAGAAAUAUAUAAAUAUUAGGACGAGCAAUGUCGGAGUGGCAUUGACUAAAAUACAGUAGAAUAGAAUGCAGUAUAUACAUAUGAGAUGAGUAAAGCCGUAUGUAAACAUUAUUAAAGGGACUAGUGUUCCAUGAUUAAAGUGGCCAGUGAUUCCUUGUCUAUGUAUAUAGGGCAGCAGCCUCUAAGGUGCAGGGUUGAGUAACCAGGUGGUAGCGGGCUAGUGAUGGCUAUUUAACAGUCUGACGGCCUUGAGAGAGAAGCUGUUUUUCAGUCUCGGUCCCAGCUUUGAUGCAUCUGUACUGACCUCGCCUACUGGAUGAUAGCGGGGUGAACAGGCCGUGGCUCGGGUGGCUUCCUGUGACAUUGGGUGCUGUAGGUCAGGCAGUGUGCCCCCGGUGAUGCGUUGGGCAGACCGCACCACCCUCUGGAGAGCUCUGCGGUUGCGGGCGGUGCAGUUGCCUUACCAGGGUGUGAUACAGGCCGAAAGGAUGCUCUCAAUUGUGCAUCUGUAAAAGUUUGUGAGUGUCUUAGGGGCUGUUGUGCCUUCUUCACCACACUGUCUGUGUGGGUGGACCAUUUCAGAUUGUCAGUGAUGUGUACGCUGAGGAACUUGAAGCUUUCCACCUUCUCCACUGCGGUCUGGGCGAUGUGGAUAGGGGGGUGCUCCCUCUGCUGUUUCCUGAAGUCCACGAUCAGCUCCUUUGUUUAGUUGACGUUGAGGGAGAGGUUAUUGUCCUGCCACAACUCCACCAUGGUCAGAUGACAUGAAAAUAGAGCUCAUCAGUGCUAGGUUUUGUGUCGAAAGAAAGAUGCAAAUGCAGAAAAUAACCCCAUACGUACUGUAACAUAUGGUGGUGGAUCUUUGAUGUUAUGGGGCUAUUUUGCUUCCACUGGUCCUAGGGCCCUUGUUAAGGUCAACGGCAUCAUGAACUUUACCCAGUACCAGGACAUUUUAGACAAAAAUCUGGUUGCCUCCGCCAGGAGGCUGAAACUUGACCGCAAGUGGAUCUUCCAGAAGACAAUAACCCAAGGACAUCAAAAUCGACAAAGAAAUUGUUAAUUGGCCACAAAAAUCAACAUUUUGCAAUGGCCAUCUCAGACUUUAACCCUAUUGAAAACCUGUGGUUUGAAUUGAAGAGGGCAGUCCAUAAGCACAGACGAAUGAUAUCAAGGAUCUGGAAAUAUUCUGUAAGGAGGAAUGGUCUAAGAUCCCUUCCAAUGUGUUCUCCAAUCCCAUAAAACAUUUUAGAAAAAGGCUUGAUGCCGUUAACCUCGCAAGGUGAGGUAUUGAAAGGUAUUGAAAACAGGGGUGUCAAUCAUUUUGACCGCUAUCUUUUUGAGAAAAAAAAAAUCUGACUUGUUAAACAUCUCUUUCUCCGAGCAAUUGUAUUAGUAUAAAAUAAUAUAAUUUAGCAUACAAUAUAGCUCAGUUUUUGAAUUAUUUAUUUUAUACAGUCUUUUUUGCUGAUCUUUAUCAAAGGUGCCAAUAAUUAUGGAUCUGACUGUUUAUCUAUAUAUUUUUUAGGAGGGGGUCGGUGGCCCCCUAGCGGCCGGGCCCUAAGUGACCGCUUAUGUCGGUGAUUCCCAGGGCCGGCCCUAAUUAGGAUGAGUGUUGUCUAGUGCUGCCUGACUGACUGACUGACGGUGUUGUGUUCUCCUCCCAGUCCCUGCCAGCUGCGAUGCAGUAAAGAGCUGUCUCAUGCAUGUUCCCCAUGCGCCUGAGUGCCUCGACAGCUUCAACAACCUGCUGAAAGAGCACAACAUCACCCCUCCUAAACUUCCCCCCAUGCCCCAACUCCCCACCAAUCUCUCCAAGUUCACCUCCCAGGUCACCCAGCUAGUGCCCUCUCUCCCCCCAGAACUUGCCCAAGAGCUCUCCCAGUACACUCGGCCAUUCACCCAAAUGUCCCAGCGUGUCUCCCAACUGCCACUACAGAUAUCUCAACUGCCCCAAAUGAUGUCCCAACUGCCCCAGCAGCUCCAAGUUCAAAUACAUCAGCAGUUACCCGGUCUACCCACCAACCUACCCCAGCAGUUAUCGAGCUUACCCCAAACCCUGGCCAAUAUCCCCAGCCAGAUAUACAACUUACCUCAGCGAGCGGGACAAUCCUACACCAAUGUGCAGAACCGCCUGAACAGCCUUAUGCCUCAGGAUGCCUAAGCAGCAGCAGCAGAAUCGUGACCUGGAGUUGGACCGCCUGGUCCGCCAGGUCCCCCUCCACCACCACCACUCCCCGACCCGCACCCCCUCCCCGUCCUCCCCCAAUAGUACCCUGGAGAUGCCCAACGUGCCCUCCUACCCCCACUUGCCCCCCAUCAGCCUGUCCAGGCAACUGUCAGGGCUUUCCAACCCUGCCUUCCACAUCGAGGACGACCCCACAUCCGCUCGGCCCUCAGGUGAUUCAGUGGCAGCCCACAGACGUCCUGCUCUGGCAUGCUGCCCUGUUCAGCGCUGUGCGGUGCUGUGCUUAGAUCUGCUGGGCUAUGUUGUGUUGGAGUCCGUUGUUGUCACUAGCUCUGUGUUCGUUGUUGUUGUUGUUGUUGUUUUGUAUCCUGUGGUUCCAGGAAGCUCUUGCUUUAAAUGGUCUACUCUGUUUGUUCCCUGUAUGUUUUGUUUUGUUUUUGUUCUUUUAGAUUAGUUUCAGCUGUGUGUAUUGUGAUAGGCAAGCCUUCAAGUGGCACUUGGACAACAGAGGAAGAGUCAGAGUAUAUGACACUUGUAGUGUCCUGUUUCGCGCCUAGAAUGUGUAUAGAGUACCACAGUUCAAAGCCUCAUUACUAGCUGUGUUCCACUUCCCAAUAACAUCCCUGGAGAAUAGUUGAUCAAGUUCUUGUUGCUUCCCCAGCGAGCUCCAGGCUCAGUGUGCACCCUGCUGUCAAUGUGGAGGACGUGGAUUCAGGCGGAGGGGGGCACCAUCGACACAUUCCCCAAAUCCUCAUCCCCCAGGACCCCAACCUCAAGACCCUGACCGUACCCAGAGUAUCCAAAGCCAGCCGCCAGAGGUGAGCCCACACUCCCAAAUUAAUUUGCUUCCACUUGGAAUAAGGGAAUUAUAUAAAUGUAAAGCAGCUAAACACAUCACUGCUGUCUAAGUAAUGCAUAAUACUGUACUAGUUCUACUACCGUUGAAGUAACUUAUUUCCCAAUCUAUAAUUAUAUCUUCUAAAUGUCUGUUUUCUUUUUCUCUCCUAUAUUGCUUUGGCCAAAACAGCAAAGUUUCUGAUAAAGAGUAAGAACAGAGAAUGGAUACACAAUAGUAGAUCUUAGACCACCGCGGGCAGGUGGUUUUAUUUGGCCCCCCAAGUUUUCUGAGCGAUUUAUUUUUUUUUAAAUGUGUAUUAUUAUUAUUAUUGGACAUAAUAGACUGUAAAAACACCAGGAAAUCAGCUCCAAGUGAUUUUAAAAUCUGUUUGGACUUCUUGUGGUCAAUUUGCAGUCUACGUUCCGGCCCCCCCGACCAUCCGCUCAAUAGAAAAAUUGGUCUGCGGCUGAAUCUAAUUGAUGAUCCCUGUCUUAGACUGUAUUUCAAAUGUGCAGUGCUCUCUGUUUUGUUUGUGGAUAGCCCCAUCCACAUGGGGUCUAGUAUUCCUUUACCUCCCCUUCUACUGUCUGUCUCUCAAUAGCAUGUUCACCUGUGUUUGUAGUCCUCACUCACUCACUCACACUCCUCUGUCCCUGUUGAUGGAACCAUGGGCUGACCUAGUGAGAAGAAACCCAGGAAUAUCUGGACCAAGAUGUAAGAUAUAUAAUCAUUGUCACGUCAAGGAUCCAUCCAUCAAGUCACCGUUUGUCCCAUCAUCAAAAAUUCACCCUGACUGCAUUGCCACUCCUUCACCCAAUCCUAACCUGUGUGGCUCUCUGUAUAGUUGUUUUAUUGUGUACUGUAUACUCAAAAGAGCUGAUGCUCAAGAUAGUUCAGGGCCUCAUUCAGUGUACGUGAAACCAACAAUGUCACCAUGUUCAACCAUGUUCCACAUACUGUAUUUCCUAUACUUCCCUUCCUGUGUAGACUGUAAUGCCCAUGGCAAGGCCAAGACUGCAGGGAGCAAUCUAAUAACAGAGCAGGGUCCAAAUGAUAGCAGCCUUGGUCUUUCCUCUCCAUCUGUCUCUGGAUCAGUUCUGUGCGUAGUUUCCUUCUGUGCCUCAGUGUUGUUCCCUGUCUCCCCUCCACAGAAAGAACCUGCACUCUCAGAGUGAGGAUGAUGAAGAGGAGACUGAGACCGCAGUGAGGGCAUGGCCUAGCCAGUCCAGCAUCCUCAGUGGAGACGAUGGGUGAAUACUGAUACCUACACAUCACCACUGUUAGCUAGCUACAUAUGACUCCUGCACAAAAUGUGUUGGCCAGUGGGUGUCGACAAUGUGGUCAGAAUGACCUUUCUCAUAGCAUCAGUGAAUGUCUUGAGAGAGGUUAUAUUGACUGAAAUUCUGACACUAGAAGUGCAGAGGUAAAAUGUGUGGGUGGGAGACAUUUUCCAUUUUUAUUGGUGCUUUUAUUGACACCAACAUAAGGAGAGUCUGUGUGGGACUGUGUUGUUAAUAUUUACUUCAAAAGAAUAGUGAUGUGUGGUGUCAGGGAAAGUUUUUGGGGCAGGUGCGUGCGUGUGUGUGUGUGCGUUAAUUAACCUAUGGAUGUUUUGUGUUUGAAGGCUAAAGGAGCGCCCUGCGUCGUCCGCUAGCCAGACCAGCUACAUGGUGAAUGAGCGCCUACAGAAACUGGUCAAGAUGUUUAAGGAGAGGACAGAGAGGGCCAAAGAGAAACUCAUUGACCCAGAUCACUCUGAUGAUGACAGUCCCACUGCCUGUGAGGAACACAGUUACACUCUGGUCAUGUGCUCAAUAUACACAAAACUUGCAACACAUACAGUGAGGGAAAAAAGUAUUUGAUCCCCUGCUGAUUUUGUACGUUUGCCCACUGACAAAUAAAUUAUCAAUCUAUAAUUUUAAUUGUAGGUUUAUUUGAACAGUGAGAGACAGAAUAACAAAAAAAUCCAGAAAAACGCAUGUCAGAAAUGUUAUAAAUUGAUUUGCAUUUUAAUGAGGGAAAUAAGUAUUUGACCCCUCUGCAAAACAUGACUUAGUACUUGGUGGCACAACCCUUGUUGGCAAUCACAGAGGUCAGACAUUUCUUGUAGUUGGCCACCAGGUUUGCACACAUCUCAGGAGGGAUUUUGUCCCACUCCUCUUUGCAGAUCUUCUCCAAGUCAUUAAGGUUUCGAGGCUGACGUUUGGCAACUCAAACCUUCAGCUCCCUCCACAGAUUUUCUAUGGGAUUAAGGUCUGGAGACUGGCUAGGCCACUCCAGGACCUUAAUGUGCCUCUUCUUGAGCCACUCCUUUGUUGCCUUGGCCAUGUGUUUUGGGUCAUUGUCAUGCUGGAAUACCCAUCCACGACCCAUUUUCAAUGCCCUGUCUCAUCUGACCACAACACUUUCACCCAGUUCUCCUCUGAAUCAUUCAGAUGUUCAUUGGCAAACUUCAGGCAUAUAUAUGUGCUUUCUUGAGCAGGGGGAACUUGCGGACGCUGCAGGAUUUCAGUCCUUCACGGCGUAGUGUGUUACCAAUUGUUUUCUUGGUGACUAUGGUCCCAGCUGCCUUGAGUUCAUUGACAAGAUCCUCCCGUGUAGUUCUGGGCUGAUUCCUCACCGUUCUCAUGAUCAUUGCAACUCCACGAGCUGAGAUCUUGCAUGGAGCCCCAGGCCGAGGGAGAUUGACAGUUAUUUUGUGUUUCUUCCAUUUGCGAAUAAUCUUGUAGCCCAUUCCAGCCUUGUGUAGGUCUACAAUCUUGUCCCUGACAUCCUUGGAGAGCUCUUUGGUCUUGGCCAUGGUGGAGAGUUUGGAAUCUGAUUGAUUGAUUGCUUCUGGGACAGGUGUUUUUUAUACAGGUAACAAGCUGAGAUUAGGAGCACUCCCUUUAAGAGUGUGCUCCUAAUCUCAGCUCGUUACCUGUAUAAAAAGACACCUGGGAGCCAGAUAUCUUUCUGAUUGAGAUGGGGUCAAAUACUUAUUUCCCUCAUUAAAAUGCAAAUCAAUUUAUAACAUUUCUGACAUGCGUUUUUCUGGACCAAAAUCGAGCUCUUUGGCAUCAACUCAACUCGCCGUGUUUGGAGGAGGAAUGCUGCCUUUGACCCCAAGAACACCAUCCCCACCGUCAAACAUGGAGGUGGAAACAUUAUGCUUUGGGGGUGUUUUUCUGCUAAGGGGACAGGACAACUUCACCGCAUCAAAGGGAUGAUGGACGGGGCCAUGUACCGUCAAAUCUUGGGUGAGAACCUCCUUCCCUCAGCCAGGGCAUUGAAAAUGGGUCAUGGAUGGGUAUACCAAAACACACGGCCAAGGCAACAAAGGAGUGGCUCAAGAAGAAGCACAUUAAGGUCCUGGAGUGGCCUAGCCAGUCUCCAGACCUUAAUCCCAUAGAAAAUCUGUGGAGGGAGCUGAAGGUUUGAGUUGCCAAACGUCAGCCUCGAAACCUUAAUGACUUGGAGAAGAUCUGCAAAGAGGAGUGGGACAAAAUCCCUCCUGAGAUGUGUGCAAACCUGGUGGCCAACUACAAGAAAUGUCUGACCUCUGUGAUUGCCAACAAGGGUUGUGCCACCAAGUACUAAGUCAUGUUUUGCAGAGGGGUCAAAUACUUAUUUCCCUCUCUGUAGACAGAUACAGUUACAAACACACAUGGCUUACAAACAAUGAGCCUGUUUGACAAUACUACCAAUAAGAGCAAAACAGGGGAGGGCUGGGUGGGCAUACCUCCUCGGCGGCGGUUCUGGCUCCGGCCUUGCCCACCACCCUCCAAUAAUCCCCCCAUAGCGCCCCUGGUCCGGUCUGGCCCCGCUGGCUGGAGCUGACCUGAACGUAGCAGGAACGGCUAGCUUCAGCUCCGUUGUGGAGCAGUUGAGCGGUACCUGAUUUGGCACCGAUGACCCAGGCACGGGUUGUGCCGGACUGACGACGCGCACCCCUGGCUUGGUGCGUGAGGCAGGAACGGACCGGACCGGGCUGACGAUGCGCACCCCUGGCUUGGUGCGUGGAGCAGCAACGGGCCGGACCGGGCUGACGAUGCGCACCCCUGGCUUGGUGCGUGGAGCCGGAACGGGCUUUACCGGGCUGAUGACUCGCACCCCUUGCUUGGUGCGAGUAGCAGGAACGGGCUGGACCAGGCUGACGACUCGCACCCCUGGCUUGGUGCGAGUAGCAGGAACGUUCUGGACCAGGCUGACGACUCGCACCCCUGGCUUGGUGCGAGUGGCAGGAACAGGCCGGGCCGGGCUGGCGACUCGCACCCCUGGCUUGGUGCGAGUGGCAGGAACAGGCCGGGCCGGGCUGGCGACGCGCACCGUAGGCUUGGUGCGAGUGGCAGGAACAGGCCGGGCCGGGCUGGCGACGCACACCGUAGGCUUGGUGCGAGUGGCAGGAACAGGCCGGGCCGGGCUGGCGACGCACACCGUAGGCUUGGUGCGAGUGGCAGGAACAGGCCGGGCCGGGCUGGCGACGCGCACCGUAGACUUGGUGCGUGGAGCAGGGGACAGGCCGGGCCGGGCUGGCGACGCACCCCGUAGGCUUGGUGCGUGGAGCAGGAACAGGCCGGGCUGGGCUGGCGACGCACCCCGUAGGCUUGGUGCGUUGAGCAGGGACAGGCCGGGCCGGGCUGGUGACGCACCCCGUAGGCUUGGUGCGUGGAGCAGGAACAGGCCGGGCUGGGCUGGCGACGCACCCCGUAGGCUUGGUGCGUGGAGCAGGGACAGGCCGGGCUGGGCUGGCGACGCACCCCCGUAGGCUUGGUGCGUGGAGCAGGGACAGGCCGGGCUGGGCUGGCGACGCACCCCGUAGGCUUGGUGCGUGGAGCAGGGACAGCCGGACUGGGCUGGCGACGCACACCGUAGGCUUGGUGCGUGGAGCAGGGACAGGCCGGGCUGGGCUGGCGACGCACCCCGUAGGCUUGGUGCGUGGAGCAGGGACAGGCCGGGCUGGCGACGCACACCGUAGGCUUGGUGCGUGGAGCAGGGACAGGCCGGACUGGGCUGGCGACGCACACCGUAGGCUUGGUGCGUGGAGCAGGGACAGGCUGAACCGGGCUGUGGAGACGGAUAGGAGACCUGGAGUGAAGAGCGGCCACAACCCGUCCUGGCUGAAUGCCUACCCUCACACACUCUGUGUGAGGCAUCCGCACAGGACGUACAGGGCUGUGUACCCGUACUGGCAUAACAGCACGUGACACUGGAGCAGGAUAUCCGGGACCGCGGAGAGGCAUUGGAGACCACGAGCGUUGAGCCGGCACACUCCGUCCUGGCUGCAUACCCCCCUUCGCACGACACGUGCGGGGUGCUCGCACAGGACGUACAGGACUAUGCCGGCCCACUCGUGGCACAGUACGCCGCUCCGCAUACCGCGGAACCUGCCCCGACCCAUGCUGCCAUGCCUGAGUACGGGAAGUUGGUUCCGCUCUCCAUCCAGGCUCCGCCAACCUGCCUUCUGGCCCCCUUAACCCGGUGGCCUCCUCUCCAAAUCGCCCUGUGGCAGCCUCCUGCUGCCCAGCCGCCCAUGCCGUGUGCCCCCCCCUAAAAAAUUUUGGGGGUUGCCUCUCGUCCGUCCGACGAUGGCACUGCUGACGCCGCUGCUCCUCUCUCGCCAGGGCCUUAAUCCUAGCCCAAGGUCCCUUGCCCCCGAGCAUGUCCUCCCAGGACCACGAUUUGCCCACCUGGGCCAUCGCCAGCCUCUCCAUCUCCUUUCCUGGCGCUUCCUCCCAUGUCCAGUCUGCCUGCUCCUGGACACGCUGCUUGGUCCUUUUAUGGUGGGUUCUUCUGUCACGAUCGUCAGGGAGAGACCAAUGCGCAGCGUGAUGAACGAACAUGAUUACUUUAUUUAAUUAAAGUGCACACACAAAACAAUAAACGACUCGUGAAGUCCACGGUAACAAUGACCGACACGGAACAAGAACCCACAAACACAAAAGGAAAACAGACAGUAUAAAUAUGGCUCCCAAUCAGAGACAACCAGCCAACAGCUGACACUCGUUGCCUCUGAUUGGGAGUCACUCAGGCCAACAUAGAAAUACACAACCUAGAACCCCCAACUUAGAAAUAGAACACAUAGAAUGAACACACCCUGGCUCAACAUAUAGAGUCCCAGAGCCAGGGUGUGACACCCAAAGCAAUUGGACAUUUCGAAAAAGCUAAUAAAAGACACCUGUUGUGAAGUCUUACAGUAGCUUUUAUUUCCAAGUGCUAACACACAGUCCAUACCAUUUUUAUGUCUCUGCGUGCAGAGUUGAAGGUAGCAAAUUGUUAGCUUAGUGCAAUUGCUGGAAGUCUCCAGGAACUACUAACCAGCUCCUCACAAAAGCAGGGAAAUAAACCUUCUAACUACUCCAGAGCUGGGUGGUUGGUCAUAUAGCCUUACAAAGCUAUACAGUGGGGAAAAAAAGUAUUUAGUCAGCCACCAAUUGUGCAAGUUCUCCCACUUAAAAAGAUGAGAGAGGCCUGUAAUUUUCAUCAUAGGUAUACGUCAACUAUGACAGACAAAAUGAGAUUUUUUUCUCUCCAGAAUAUCACAUUGUAGGAUUUUUAAUGAAUUUAUUUGCAAAUUAUGGUGGAAAAUAAGUAUUUGGUCAAUAACAAAAGUUUCUCAAUACUUUGUUAUAUACCCUUUGUUGGCAAUGACACAGGUCAAAUGUUUUCUGUAAGUCUUCACAAGGUUUUCACACACUGUUGCUGGUAUUUUGGCCCAUUCCUCCAUGCAGAUCUCCUCUAGAGCAGUGAUGUUUUGGGGCUGUCGCUGGGCAACACAGACUUUCAACUCCCUCCAAAGAUUUUCUAUGGGGUUGAGAUCUGGAUACUGGCUAGGCCACUCCAGGACCUUGAAAUGCUUCUUACAAAGCCACUCCUUUGUUGCCCAGGCGGUGUGUUUGGGAUCAUUGUCAUGCUGAAAGACCCAGCCACGUUUCAUCUUCAAUGCCCUUGCUGAUGGAAGGAGGUUUUCACUCAAAAUCUCACGAUACAUGGCCCCAUUCAUUCUUUCCUUUACACGGAUCAGUCGUCCUGGUCCCUUUGCAGAAAAACAGCCCCAAAGCAUGAUGUUUCCACCCCCAUGCUUCACAGUAGGUAUGGUGUUCUUUGGAUGCAACUCAGCAUUCUUUGUGCUCCAAACACAACGAGUUGAGUUUUUACCAAAAAGUUAUAUUUUGGUUUCAUCUGACCAUAUGACAUUCUCCCAAUCCUCUUCUGGAUCAUCCAAAUGCACUCUAGCAAACUUCAGACGGGCCUGGACAUGUACUGGCUUAAGCAGGGGGACACGUCUGGCACUGCAGGAUUUGAGUCCCUGGCGGCGUAGUGUGUUACUGAUGGUAGGCUUUGUUACUUUGGUCCCAGCUCUCUGCAGGUCAUUCACUAGGUCCCCCUGUGUGGUUCUGGGAUUUUUGCUCACCGUUCUAGUGAUCAUUUUGACCCCACGGGGUGAGAUCUUGCGUGGAGCCCCAGAUCGAGGGAGAUUAUCAGUGGUCUUGUAUGUCUUCCAUUUUCUAAUAAUUGCUCCCACAGUUGAUUUCUUCAAACCAAGCUGCUUACCUAUUGCAGAUUCAGUCUUCCCAGCCUGGUGCAGGUCUACAAUUGUGUUUCUGGUGUCCUUUGACAGCUCUUUGGUCUUGGCCAUAGUGGAGUUUGGAGUGUGACUGUUGGUUGUGGACAGGUGUCUUUUAUACUGAUAACAUGUUCAAACAGGUGCCAUUAAUACAGGUAACGAGUGGAGGACAGAGGAGCCUCUUAAAGAAGAAGUUACAGGUCUGUGAGAGCCAGAAAUCUUGCUUGUUUGUAGGUGACCAAAUACUUAUUUUCCACCAUAAUUUGCAAAUAAAUUCAUAAAAAAUCCUACAAUGUGAUUUUCUGGAUUUUCUUUCCUCAAUUUGUCUGUCAUAGUUGACGUGUACCUAUGAUGAAAAUUACAGGCCUCUUUCAUCUUUUUAAGUGGGAGAACUUGCACAAUUGGUGGCUGACUAAAUACUUUUUUUCCCCACUGUACAUGGUAAUCAAUAUUUUAUAAAUGUGUUAAUUUUACUGAUAAUCCUAAGAAACAAGAUUCUAACCACUUCCUCAUUCUGUCCCGUUGUCGCAUAGAGAUGUAUAGAGAUCGCAGCGUUUUAUCUAUCUCAAUGCCGCUGCCCGUGCUCUCACAGAUGCCAUAAUGAGACAGAUACAACGUUGACCUCUGACCUGUGACUCUCUUCUCUGUUCUCUCACCUGCAGCCCCUGCGAGAUCUCCAACACCAACUCCUGCGCCUCCAGAGGAGCCGGAGGAGGAAGCACAACCAGCCUCCCCUGAGAGGGAGGACGAGGAGCAGCAACAGCAACCCCAGUCUAGACUGUGGUGCAAGGUGACACCUCCUCGCUGGAUCAGAGCCCUGCUGCACUACCGCUUCCCCGCUAGCAUCGACCCCUUCACCAGUGAGCUCCCCCUCCGCCGAGCAUACACUACCUCCUCCUUUAACCCUCCUCUCUCAUCCUCCUGCUUUCCUCCUCCCUGCUCCUAUUCUUAUAGUAAACCCUCCUCCUAUCCUCUUUUUUUUCUAUUGCCAUCUCCUGUGUAGACUUCCUUUUGCUUUUAUCAGAAUGUUAGUUUGGAUCCACCAAGUGGUUAAUGGGUUGAUCUUUCAGUGACCUAAAUUGUUGCUCCUGUCAUACCUGCUCUUUCUUUUGAAGUAUAAGGAUGAUGCAUUAGGGCACUUCAGCCUUUGCUGGGGGUUGACACUGGUUCUCUCUCGCUCUAGAUCUGGUCUAUGUGCUGUGGCUAUUUAUCGUCACCUUGGCGUGGAACUGGAACGUGUGGCUGAUCCCGAUGCGCUGGGCCUUCCCCUACCAGACCCCUAGUAACAUCUACCAGUGGCUGCUCGCUGACUACCUGUGUGACCUCAUCUACAUCCUGGACAUCCUGGUCUUCCAGCCCCGCCUGCAGUUUGUCCGCGGUGGAGACAUAGUGGUGAUAUAGCCAGCUUAGGCGACAUAACUACAGUUGUUAAAUGGCACUAUUUUGACAUAUUCUAAGUAGAGCAUGUUGCCAGACGAGGGUUUAUGUCUCAAAUGGAUUUUCCAGACACAGAAAUACACGUCAAAAUCAUUGAUGUAUGUGUUUUUCUUUGUUUACAUUGCAGUUUGACAAAAAAGACAUGCGAAAGAAUUACAUGAAAACCUUCCGGUUCAAGGUAGAUUUUCACCUGAAAAUGUUGCAGUAUUCACUACUGAAUAGCUUUGAAUAAGAGGUUGUUUUUAAGCCAUGUAAUGAGGUAUCAGUUUAUUUUCUGACCGUAUCUGUGUCGACUGUGUUUCUCUGGGUUACAGAUGGAUGUCAUCAGUCUUGUGCCACUGGAGUUGUUCUAUUUUAAAACUGGAAUCAACCCACUCCUCCGCUUCCCACGGCUACUAAAAGUAAGGCUCACCUGCCACCUGUGUAGUCCACCUGGGUAGACUGUGACACAUACAAUCAUAUUAUUCACACUGCAAUGAAAAUAUGUAAUCUUUCUGAAUUCUCUUAGAUAAUGUCUUUCUUCGAGUUCAACGACCGUCUUGAGGCCAUCCUGACCAAAGCCUAUGUUUACAGGUGAGCACAGUAAACUGUUGUUCAAUUCUUUGUACAUUAUCUGUAUCGCCAUGCUCAGAUCACAAUGAAUAUGAUUAUAUGGACAGGGGGACCUGAUCCUAGAUAAGCAAUCCUAUUAGUCUGAGACGCUUUCUGAAUGCAGGGCCUGGUCUUUCUGAGAGAAGUGAGGGGCAGCUCAGUAUGUAUAACCCAGUCUCUUUCCUUCUGUCUGGUUUGAUUAGAGUGAUCCGGACCACCACCUACCUGCUGUACUGCCUCCACUGUAAUGCCUGUCUGUUCUACUGGAUCUCUGCGUAUGAAGGUCUGGGCUCCACGAAGUGGGUCUAUGAUGGAAAGGGCAACAGGUGUGUGGAUUCACCUUUGUUAGCCUCAUAUCUUUACACUAUCAUCAUUUAAUUGUCCCUAUAAUCCUGUUUGUCAGUUACAUCCGCUGCUACUACUUUGCUGUGAAGACUCUGAUCACCAUUGGUGGACUGCCGGAACCCACAAAGCUCUUUGAAAUCAUCUUUCAGCUCAUCAACUACUUUGUAGGAGUGUUUGCCUUUUCCAUCAUGAUUGGACAGGUUGGUUACCACAUUACUAAUAGAUGUGUUUGAGAGAGUGCAUUAUGUAAAAUAUGAUAGUGUGUUUAUGGAUGAAAUAUCUAGAUGCUAUGAUAUUUGCUGUUUAAUAAUACUACUACUUGUUAUCUAGCUCUGAAUCCUUAUUUGGACCAUUUGUGCUCUUAUAAGCUGAUUAUACUGUUGUCAAUGGCUGUUGUGAUUGGUGUCGACUCCUGAUUGGGCAAUGACUGUCUCUUGCAGAUGAGAGAUGUGGUUGGUGCAGCCACUUCAGGACAGGCAUACUACAGAGCAUGCAUGGACAACACUGUCAAAUACAUGGCCUCCUACCAUAUUCCCAAAGACGUGCAGAACCGGGUCAAAACCUGGUACAACUACACCUGGCAGUCCCAGGGCAUGCUGGGUAGGGACAUGUUACUUUUCAUUGGGUUGUGUUGCAUUGCUUUGUCUUGUGUUGUGUUGACUCUGUUAGUGUCUGUCUCUAUACAGAUGAAAAGGAGCUUCUGGUCCAGCUCCCAGACAAGAUGAGGCUGGACAUCGCUGUGGAUGUCAAUUAUGACAUCGUCAGUAAAGUCUCUCUCUUCCAGGUGCGUAAGUCUUAUGGCCUCUUCAGGCUGUCUCAGACCACAGAAGAUUUAAACAGCUCUAUCUCUCUAUAUUUCUCAGUCAGCGCUUCUUCUCCCUUUCAGGGUUGUGAUAGACAGAUGAUCUUUGACAUGUUGAAGAGUCUGAGGUCUGUUGUUUACCUCCCAGGGGACUAUGUCUGCAAAAAGGUAAAGGCUAAAGCUAGAUGCAGUAGCUUUGCCACUUCUCUAGCGUGUUUGUUCGCAUGCAUUUCUGUUUGAAUGUAUUUACUGUGCAGUUUGUAUGCACUCUGCUCCUUCUUCUUUGUGUAAGGCAAACUGAAAAGAACAGGAGGUCUGUCCAGUUGUCUGACUGCCCCUCUGUGUUUCAGGGCGAGGUUGGACGGGAGAUGUACAUCAUCAAGGCCGGGGAGGUGCAGGUGGUGGGCGGGCCAGACGGGAAGACUGUGUUUGUCACGCUGAGGUCGGGGUCAGUAUUUGGGGAAAUCAGGUGAGCAUCCUGAUGUCAAGUCUGACGUGUGCUAUUUAUGUCACUGAAGCAAGGACACACAUUUUAUCCAGGGAAUGUACUUUUUCCUAAUUAAAUGUUUUCUCUUUGGGUUGAAAGCUUGCUUGCAGUGGGUGGAGGAAACAGGAGAACAGCGAACGUGGUGGCUCAUGGCUUCGCCAACAUGUUCAUCCUGGACAAGAAGGACCUCAAUGAGAUUCUAGUGCAUUACCCCGAGUCUCAGAAGCUGCUCCGCAAGAAGGCCAGGUGAGAGAGAGGAAAAAGUGACUAAAACCGACUUUAUUUAUUUAUGGGAAUCCACUGAUAUUAUGGCUGCCUUGAAGUUCACAUUUGUUAGAGUGUACUGUAGUACACUAUAGGAAUUAAUGAUUGUUUGAUGUUUCUGUCUACAGGAAGAUGCUGACAAAAGACAAGAAGCCGGAGCCUCCGAAGGAGCCAGCCCAGGUGAUCCCUCCUCGGACAGAGACACCCAAGCUACUCGUUGCUGCUCUGGAGAUGGCUCAUCAGAAAACAGGCCUCAAAAGGACCCUCGCCAAGAUAAAGGAGAACACCAACAAAUCCAGCGUUUCUCUACAGGUAUGGUAUUUGCUGUACAAAAACACACACAUUGUCUAUACACACACAACGCACCCACCCACACACACUUGUAUGCUCUAAAUGAACUAACCUCUCCGUUUCCCCACAGCCCUCAAUGUCCUCCUCCCUGACUCCCCUGUCCCCAGUCUCUCCUGUCUCCAGUCUGGACCCAGAGCACAAGACUGGCACCAUGUCCCCAACCUCAGACAGCUCCACGUCGCUCUGCCCCGCCUCCCAUUGUCACAGAGAUGAGACGCUGUCCAAGGAGCAGGACAACGUGGAGGAAGAAGAGGCAGGAGAGAGUGGGAAGAGGAAAGAAAAGCGAAAGCCAUGAGUUGUCUCCAAAAGCUUUAAGAGCUGUCUUCAUGUGGAGAAAGGGAUGCAGUCGUUUAUCCCUCUGUACUCUGUUGCAGAGAGGGAGACCAGAGAGAAGAGCCAUGGGUCCUAAAGAUCAUCCAAUUACGUCAUCCAAUUAUGUCUCAGGAGUCAGAGUCACAGUUCCUGUUCCAUUAUACCUAUAGACUCUUUUUUUUUUUACCUCACUGACUAUUUUAUCCCCUUGAUACUUAUGUAUAGGGCCUAGGCUACCUAAUUCCAUAGGGAUGUCAAACGGGUGCUAAACUGAUGUCUUUGUGUUUACAAUCCCAGGGGUAAAUGUACCGAUCAGCAAUAAUUGACACAGACAUCAUCUCGUUAGGGGGAUAACAAAGCAGUCACACAGGGUAUAGCUGUGUGUGUGUGAGGAGUGUGUG